AUGCAAGAAAAACGUCAGAUGCAAGAAAAACAUCAGAUGCAAGAAAAACUUCAGAUGCAAGAUAAACGUCAGAUGCAAGAUAAACGUCACAUGCAAGAAAAACGUCAGAUGCAAGAUAAACAUCAGAUGCAAGAAAAACGUCAGAUGCAAGAAAAAUGUCAGAUGCAAGAAAAACGUCAGAUGCAAGAUAAACGUCAGAUGCAAGAUAAACGUCACAUGCAAGAAAAACGUCAGAUGCAAGAUAAACGUCAGAUGCAAGAUAAACGUCACAUGCAAGAAAAACGUCACAUGCAAGAAAAACGUCAUAUGCAAGAAAAACAUCAGAUGCAAGAAAAACGUCAGAUGCAAGAUAAACGUCGGAUGCAAGAAAGACGUCAGAUGCAGGAAAAACAUCAGAUGCAAGAAAAACAUCAGAUGCAAGAAAAACGUCAGAUGCAAGAUAAACAUCAGAUGCAAGAAAAACGUUAG